UAAGGAAAAAAUUAUUUUUGUACAAAACUAUAAUAUGUAUUUUGACAAUGAGACCAUAAAAUAUUUCUAAAAUAAUACUAUGGUUCAUGGCUAAUAACGUCUUAUUUCCUUAGCGUACCUUUGCAAAAAGAAAAUUGUGAUUUGAGCCACUGUGUAAAUUACGCUAAUGAUGUGUACGAAGAAAUCCACGAUAUGCAUCAAAAUGCAGAAGAACGAUUUAAAAGUGUGUUUGUGAAAGCUUUAAAAAUAGCGGGUACAGUUGAUGUCCGUUUAGUGGUUCCUCGGCACGUCAGACGUCAGCAAUAAAUCGUGAUAACUAUGAAGGAGCUCCCGAAACGUACUACCGUCGAUCCAUCUUCAUUCCAUUUUUAGACCACUUAUUAGAUCAACUCAAAUCCAGAUUUCUCAAUCAUCGUGAACUACUUUCAAAAAUACAAAAUAUUUUACCAACAAAGAGCAGUGAACUAACUACAGAAGAAAUAGUCGUAACAGUCAAAACGUUUAGAAAGGAUUGGAUCUGAUGAAGAUUUAGAAGGGGCUAUUAAAAUGUGGCGCAGAUAUUAUUCAAAUAAGCCUGAAGAUAAAAGGCCAAAAACGUUUAUUGAUGCUCUAAACUUUUGUGAAUCUACGUUACACGAGUCUAUACAUAGAUUUUUGCAAAUUGGAGCAACACUUCUCGUUUCAGUUGCUUCGAGUGAAAGAUCGUUCUCUUGUCUUCGUAGCUUAAAAACCUAUUUACGAAACAAGACGGUGGAGGACCGAUUAAAUGGGUUGGUAUUAUUUAAUAUAUACAGAGACUUGGAGGUAUCUUGUGGAGAUAUCUUGGAUAUUAUGACAAAAACACCGAGGCGGAUAAAUUUGAUUUUAUAAUUGUAACAACUUAUAAAAACAUUUUUUUUCCUGCGUCCGCCCCUGCCUAUUAGGUACUGAAUAUUAUUAGUUGAGUACCGAAUUGAUAAUUUGCCUUCGAUUGUAAAACAUAAUAUCAUUAAUAUGUCUAUUAACUUACCUCAUGUUGUAGUGUAGACUUUCGUUGGAAUGUGUACGUAUCUGAUUAGUAUGAGUCGAUGCACGUUAUUAACACCUCACGAUUUACACUACAAUAUCUUGGUGUUAAAACAAGCACAAUAGUAAGUUAACUUUGUGAAGAAAGAUUGAUUUCGUGUCAAAAGAAAAAACUGGUCGGUGUUGUGUGGUUUCGCUGCGGGCGCCGUCGACGUGGUCAUCUGAGUUUAUCUGCCGUGUUGCGCUGAGUGAAGUCUAUUGUCUGUGCGUGGCGUUUAUAUAAGGAAGCUAUUGUCUUACCCCCACUCUAUUGUUAUUACGUAACGUCAAAAUUGACUGUUGGCGUUUGUUAUGUUUUUGUUCUUUCCGUGGGUCCAACUUGGCUCGUCUUAAAUAAUAUUAUUUUUACAGACCGAGAGAGCAAAACAAUAUAUAAAAUAUUUUUAGGUUUUAACCAUCAAAGAUGCGUCUUUGUAAUCAUUAAUAUAUAAUAUAUUUUAUGAAUAAUCAAUUUUAAAUAAAUAUACGUUUCAAUACAUGAGUCUCUAAGGAAAUCAUUUUGUUCUCGGGCAUUGACGUGACAAUCGCUCAGAAGUUAGGAGAAAAUUUCAAACACAGGAUAUUAGAAAAAAAAUUCAAACUCGACGAAUGAAGUGUAAUGUCUAUAAUAGGUUAAAAAAAAAGAAAAAAAGAUCAAUUGUUGCGUUUAAAUGUAUAAGUUAUAACUGUACCUAAUAUUCAAUACACAUAAA